AUGGAAGUGGGGCUGAUAGCGGCAUAUUUCAUGCUUCUCCUUCAUCUGGACAUCGUGCGAACGCAACCACUGUCUCUCGGUAUGCCCGAAUUCCAACUGCGGCAGGUUGGGGAGACGUACGAUCGCAGAAAGCUUGUACAAGGCCGCUGUGGCCCGGUACACGAAUGGAGCGCCAUUUGUGGCAACAGCUUCUAUCUCUUGAGAGCUGGACGUGUGAUGUGCCGCGAACUCGGUUAUUCCGAUCGUGCACUGAGAUACGAAGGGGUCUCUCUCCAAGACAUGGAACCGCAGCAUCGACCCAACUAUUCGCUGUCCGCCGACAUCGGCUGCUUUGGGAACGAGACAAGUUUGACUGAGUGCCAGCAUUACUCGCUGCGAGACUGUCAAUACUACGUCACACUGGAAUGCUUCACUGGUGUCACUGAGUAUAACGACACGGGAUAUCUCUGUGGUUCAAAGCAGCUCUGUGGCGGUAGAUGCGAGCAGAAGCAUCCAAUCAAUGGCUCGGGUGAUGACAUUUUCCACUACUGUCAAUGUGACGAUGCCUGUGUUCUUUUUGACGACUGUUGCUACGACUACAAAGAUGUGUGCGAUCCCAAACCACCUAGCCUUGAGCGUGGAGGCUUCACCAUUGAGCAGUUGGGGUGUAUCUGGGUGCCAGGCAGUCAGUUCACUCAUAUUGGCUACGUGGCAGUCAACCGUUGCCCAAUUAGCUGGGUGGACGAGGGCACACGUGAUUUAUGCGAGAGACCUCUGAAUAACACAGACGUUGUUGGAUCGCUGCCGGUGUAUGACGAGAAAGGUGUGGAUUUUAAGAACAUCUACUGUGCCAUAUGCAACGGAAGAUCAAUAGAAUACGUGACAUUGUGGAAUGUAUCCGCUUCUGGGAGCGUCAGGAUGUCUUCCAUCAGACACAUGUUUGGAAGAGUUCCAAGGGAGCGUAUUGGAAGAAGGCUGUAA